CUGUUUACUUCAUGGACUACGACGUGCUUUCCACGAUACAAAGUUAUAGGGCUAAUACUAGUUGUAUUGUGAUAAUAUCUUUGAAACUGCAAAUUGUGUACUCGUAGAUAAAAUACGAAACGUUUACCUUUUGCGAGAUAAAUUCUUUAGACAUGCUGGUGUCAGUGGGAUAGCUAGCUAGCUAAUGUCAGAGUGAAGUACGUAAACAGAUGCUGGUUAGUUUUAAUGCGAGCUGUAAUCUGGCUGUAGCUAACCUAACUAAGUAGCUGUCCAGUGGUUGCAACAUGGGACGAAAGAAACAGGGCAAGUUUGUGCGCCCUGGCAACAAGGGCAAAGAAAAAAGGCAUGCAAUGAAGGGGAAAUCCUUAGAGGUCUUUACAGAAGAAAUGCACACUGCUUUUGAAGCAACUCUUCACCUGGAGGAGGGCGCAGAGGCCCCUCAGGUGAAAUUGCCUUGUCCACUUGCCAUGUGGGAGUUGGGUCACUGUGAUCCCAAACGUUGCACUGGCAGAAAGUUGGUACGCAAGGGCUUUGUACGCAACCUGCGCCUCAAUCAGAGAUUUAAUGGACUCAUACUGAGUCCAAUGGGCACAAAGUAUGUGACGCCAGCAGACAGAGAGAUUGUGGCUCAAAGUGGGUUAGCAGUGAUCGAUUGUUCCUGGGCCAAACUGGAGGAGACUCCGUUCAAUAAGAUGGUCGGAACGCAUCCCAGGUUACUGCCGUACCUCGUAGCUGCAAACCCCGUCAACUACGGCAAGCCUUGCAAGUUAUCUUGUGUUGAGGCUUUUGCUGCCACAUUCUGCAUUGUAGGUUUUGAAGAACUAGCAGUGCUCUUGUUGAGGAAAUUCAAGUGGGGAACAGUGUUCCUGGAUCUCAAUAAAGUUCUGCUGGACCGCUAUGCUGCAUGCCAGUCAGAGGAAGAGCUGCUCUCUGUAGAAAAGGAUUUCCUCACGUCAAAACCAGAGGAGGAGGAGGAGUUUGAUCCGUUUGAUGUUAACUCUGGAGUAGAAUGUAGGAAUCUCAACAGACGUCAGUGUGCACCUGAAGAUGAUGAUUCUAGUGAGGAUACGGACACCUCAGAGGAUAACGAAGAUGAAGCAGAAGAUGAAAAAACAGACAGCAACAAUGAGUCAAGAACGGCCUAACAUCAUCAUGAUGAAGAGAAAGAGACUGAACCAAAGUCAUCACAAUAAAAAAAAAAUUCAAAUAUGGAUUAUUUUACUACAAGGACUGGCAAAACCUUUUCAACACUCAUACAUAAACUGAAUGCUAUUUGGGGUCCAGUUUUGUAUCCAAAAAAUAAGAAAAUUAUACAGUACAUUGUAUGUUUUUUUAUGUAAACUGAGUAAAUAAAUGAGUAUUUGCAACCGUA